CGUGAUCUCUACAUCCUUACAUCUCGUCUGCAAGAAGUAACAUCAUGUCUCAUCACUCCAUCCUUGGUACCUCUGGACACAAGCACUUCAGCUCCUGUUCAAUGGCUUCUCCUAAACAUGGCAGCUCUUACCACACAUUAUCUCACUCCUCCAAAUCAGCAGCUCAUGGUCAUAAGACACUGCAUUGCUUUAGCAGCAGAAGUGCCAAUAGUAUGAGUUCCAGGGGAAACAAGAUCUCAAUGGGAAGCUGCCAUUCUGGGAAAACUGGACACGGAUCUGGACAUGGAUCUGGAUCUGGUUUCAGUAUUGGAGGUAUUGGUUAUGGAUUUGGGGGAUCUGGUUGCUCUGGAGGUAUCAACAACGUUACUGUGAACCAAGGUCUUCUGGCUCCUCUCAACCUGGAGAUCGACCCAAGCAUUCAGCGAGUGAGGACUGAAGAGAAGAAUCAGAUUAGAGGACUGAAUGACAAAUUUGCUUCUUUCAUUGACAAGGUUAGAUUUUUGGAACAGCAGAAUAAAAUGCUGGAGACAAAGUGGUCCUUAUUACAAGAACAGAGAAGUGCCCACUUUCAGAUAGAACCACUGUUUGAGGCUUUUAUUGGUAACCUCAGGAGACAGCUGGAGAGUCUGGGAUGUGAAAGAGAACGUCUGGACUCAGAAAGGAACAGUAUGGAGCAAUCUGUGGAAGAACUAAGGAGAAGAUAUGAAGAAGAAGUGAACAGACGCACUGCUGCAGAGAAUGAGUUUGUUGGAAUAAAGAGGGAUGUAGACGCAGCUUUUAUGAACAGAGUGGAAUUACAAGGAAAGGCUGAUUCCCUAACUGAAGAGAUCAAUUUCUUGAGGACUCUGUAUGAUGCGGAAAUAGCCCAGCUCCAGGCUCAGAUCUCAGACACCUCAGUAGUUGUGUCUAUGGAUAACAGUCGGGAUCUAGACCUGGAUGGAAUCAUUGCCGAGGUCAGAUCUCAAUAUGAGGACAUUGCUAACAGAAGCAGAGCUGAGGCGGAGGCCAUGUACCAGUCACGGUUUGAGGAGCUUCAGACAGCGGCAGGAAGAAAUGGGAACAAUCUGCAGAGCAGCAGAGAUGAGAUCUGUGAGCUGAACCGAGCAAUUCAGAGACUAAGAGGAGAAAUCGACAAUGUGAAAGCACAGCGCUCAGCACUUGAAUCUGCAAUAAAUGAAGCUGAGGAACGUGGAGAAUCUGCUGUCAGAGAUGCCAAGAACAAGCUUUCUGAGUUGGAAGGUGCUCUACAAAAGGCCAAGCAGGACAUGGCUCGCCAACUGCGAGAAUACCAGGAGCUGAUGAAUGUGAAACUGGCACUGGAUAUUGAGAUUGCCACCUACAGGAAGAUGCUGGAAGGAGAGGAGGGCAGGUGA